AGCGGCCAUAUACACACCACACACUGCACCGGUCGUUAAUGCAUUCUUUACGUGUACAUUUUGAUGGAGUGAUGUAAAACAAAUUUCUGAACACGAUUUAUAGAAGCAAGACCACAAUAUAUAUACGAUUUGUCUAACUAUAUCUUCUUGCAGCACUGUAUUAUAAGAUAUACAUUGAGAAAGAAGUCGCACCGUCGAUUAGAACUGGUUUGGUUUUCUGGAUUUGUCAACGGCGGUAGAAAACCCCAAAGGGUAGAAACUUCUGGUGAUCGGGUGUAAACAAACAGCUUCAAGAUGGCCCCGGGUGAGAAAACCACAGGAGGAAAGACGGAUAUGGAGCGCAUUGGGUUAUUCCAAGAGAUGGAAUAUGUUACCAUUGGCGACAAGUACAAAAUGGCUGGAAAAAAAGAGUUCAACACCGCCGCGUACAAGGGCAAACAGAUGUUACCUGGAGGAAGUAAGACCCGGACGGCAGGGCAGGGAGGCUACUUCAGUGAGAAAUUCACAAGGGUCAUGGAAUCAGAAGCUUACAGUGACCCGGUUAAAAUGAGGAGACAGUACAAACUUAAGGAGAGCAAAAAGAACUUGGGAAAGGCGUUCUUGCCAAGCAGUGGAACAAAGAUGCAGAGUGGUCUUGGGAACCAUUAUGGAACCUUAGGGGGUGCUGUAGGAGCCUUCAGCCCAGUCAAGAAAGCAGGAAAACCCUACAAAACAGACGGCAGAAACUUCACAACCAAUCCAGGAAAGAUUGGAACAGGCUACGGAUACCCAACAUUAACCAUCGGUAAAGGCUACACAUAUUCCUCAAAUCCAUACAACAAAGGAAAGGAGUUGAGAAGGAAAGAGCUGGAAGCGCAUAAAAGCCAAACAAAAGGUGGCGCCUUCAAGCUGGGGAUGCACCCAAGGUCCAUGUUCGAUCAUAACCCGUAUGCUACCGACAAACCCUUGCCUCCUAUCAAGAAGACUGGCACACCGAAGAGGGAUGUCAAGCCGUUCAGACCUAGCCAUCCUGCAAAAGCAAUCGGUGGUUCUAAAGCUGGCACAUUUGACCCGUAUCCAUCACAUUCUAAUGACCCUUAUAAACCAAAGAGGAAGAAGGGACCACCUCCAAUGAACAGCACUGGCAAGAUAUUCAUGCCAUCACCAGGUCCAAAAACUGCCACCACAUCGUCAAUUAUCGGCCAGAAUGUUGUCAAGAGCAUCAAUAGUACAAAUUACAGGCAAGUCGUUACAUCGAUGUAAUUCCAGAGCUGAUGUAGAUUGCCAUCUUGAAACUCUACUUCCCUACGACAGAAUAUCAUGUGGAUUCCGCAUCCUGUCUUCUAGUCUCCUAACUAAAGUUAUCUAAAGGAAUGCCUUCCAUUCGACUUGUACUAGUCCAUCCGCUGUUUGUUGAUCAGCUGUGUAACAUCUUCCAGUAGAGAUUAUGUGUUUGAGUUCUGUGGUUAGAAGUAUCUGUACCCCCUUCCACUCAGAUAAAGCUUCCUAAACGGCACUGGACACGUUUGGUAAUUACUCAAAAAAUACAUUAGCAUUAAAACUGAAUUGGUAACGAGCAACGAA